AGAGGAGUGAGUUUUCAGGCUGCGCCACCACAGCCUGACAGCUAGGUCGAUGCACCAUAGCGAGGACACUCCCCCUCAAUCUCCCGAGACUGUCCUUCCACUUCAGCACUCUCCCUUCAGCACCUCACCUUCAGCACCUCACCGUCAGCUCUCAUACUGAAGAUUACCAUCCAUCUCCUCUUCAAAGUUCACUUCCCGCAGAACUCUAGGGCAAAAUGAAGACAAAACCGGCAGCCCUACUUGUUCCUCUUGUCAUAUUGCCCACUUUCACAACUGCUCUGUACAUUCCAACCGCCGACACAUCAAGCUUGUCAGGAAGAGACACGAUAGACUCGCAACCAAAAGGUAACGUGCCUACCGGCAGUGAACCAACACCAGUUGUCAGAACUUCUCCAUCACAUACCACGAAAAUUCCUCUUCCGCAGACCUCCAACAAGCCAACACCAAGCAUGACAGCACUGCCGGGGAAACCGCAAGAGUACCAGUUCAAAAAAGAAGCCACCAAGAAGCUCGCACAGCUGGCAACAUCUUUGAUCGACUUGAUAGUUCCAGCAGUCAUUCUGUCCACAUCGAGUGGCAUAAUCUGGUAUCUUCACCGGCAUAAUGAUCACAGCGGUUUGAUUGCUGGCGCUGCUGCAUCAGCUGGAGUAGUCAUGCUCAUCCAAGCAGAUGACACAGCAUCACAGCCACUGCUCAUCGCUGCAGCAGCAACAUAUAUCGGCUUUCAUACCGCGUAUUGCAAGGUCGUAGCCAAAAGCCUGGAACACGCGGACGGCUUCAUAGCCGUAACGAUCGUUGUUGCUACAGCAAUGUUGACGGUAUUCGCACACUUGCCGAGUAUCACUAACCUGUGGAAGGAGAGCAGCGGCGUACCCAUGCUGUGGGCCAUCUUCCCACUGCAUAUCAUUUCCGUCUUUUUCAGUUCUUUCACCGUGCGAGUUACCAGGAGGUACCUUGAGUAGAGCAGCAGACAUGCCGUGUCGUCAGGACGUAAAAGUCCAAUUGAGUCUUUGCAUUCUAGCGAAGCGAGGAGUUGGUAAAACAGGCUAUGUUUUCGAACACCGCCCAUGAGUGGGUUCAUUUUAUAAGAUACUGCAUUCGUUUGCAUGAGAGGCGCGUGGGAGCGCUUGCGUUCGACGCGC